CGCAAUUCUGGAAAUUAUAGAGAGGACAUCAGAACAGGGGGUUUAAGAGAGAGAUUUAAACAAAAAGGACUGGGGAAAAAUGUCAACUCCCACCAGGUACAAGAAGGAUAAAGAAAUUGUAACCGAAUAUGAGACACAAAUGAAAGAAAUCCGGGCUCAGUUAGUUGAACAGCUGAAAUGCUUGGAGCAGCAGACGGAGAUGAGGGUUCAGCUCCUCCAGGAUCUCCAGGAUUUCUUCCGCAAGAAGUCAGAGAUUGAAAUGGAGUAUUCCCGAAAUCUAGAGAAGCUGGCUGAGCGAUUCAUGGCGAAAACUCGCAGCACAAAGGACCAUCAGCAGUACAAGAAAGACCAGAAUCUUCUGUCCCCAGUAAAUUGUUGGUACCUACUUUUGAACCAAGUCAGGAGAGAAAGCAAAGACCACGCAACCUUGAGUGACAUCUAUCUAAACAAUGUCAUCAUGCGUUUUAUGCAGAUUAGUGAGGACUCUACAAGACUCUUCAAAAAGAGCAAAGAGAUCGGGUUCCAGCUGCACGAGGAUUUAAUGAAGGUUCUCAACGAGCUCUACACGGUCAUGAAGACAUACCACAUGUACCACACGGAGAGCAUCAGUGCUGAGAGCAAACUGAAGGAGGCCGAGAAACAGGAAGAGAGGCAGAUCAGCAGGGACCCCGUCUUCAGCAUGCGACUGGAGGAGAAGCACCAGAGGCGAAGCUCGGUGAAGAAGAUGGAGAAGAUGAAGGAGAAGCGCCAAGCCAAAUACUCAGAGAACAAGCUGAAAUCCAUCAAAGCACGAAAUGAAUAUCUGUUGACGCUGGAGGCAAGCAACAGCUCAGUGUUCAAAUAUUACAUCCAUGACCUUUCCGAUGUAAUCGAUUGCUGUGACCUGGGCUAUCAUGCUAGCUUAAACAGAGCGCUGAGGACGUUUCUCUCUGCAGAGUACAACCUGGAGACAUCCAGGCACGAGGGUCUGGACAUCAUAGAGAACGCAGUGGACAACCUGGACCCUCGCAGUGACAAACAGCGCUUCAUGGAAAUGUAUAACUCGGCGUUCUGCCCACCUGUCCGAUUUGACUUCCAGCCCCAUAUGGGAGACGAGGUGUGCCAGGUGAGCGCACAGCAACCUGUCCAGGCAGAGUUGAUGCUCAGGUACCAGCAGCUGCAGUCCAGGCUAACGACUCUGAAGAUUGAAAAUGAGGAGGUUAAGAAGACAAUGGAAGCCACCUUGCAAACUAUCCAGGACAUGGCUACCAUCGAGGACUAUGAUGUGUCAGAGUGCUUCCAGCACAGUCGCUCCACAGAAUCAGUCAAAUCCACUGUGUCAGAAACCUACAUGAGCAAGCCCAGCAUUGCUAAGAGACGAGCCAAUCAGCAAGAGACUGAGCAAUUCUACUUUAUGAAGCUUAAAGAAUAUCUUGAAGGCAGCAACCUCAUCAUGAAACUACAAGCCAAGUAUGACUUGCUUCAUCACACCCUAGGAGAAGGGCAGAAGAGUGACCUCAUAACCACGAGGCCUCCAAAUUUACCCCCUAAACCUCAGAAAGUCCGGAAGUCCAGACCCCGGUCAGAGUAUAAUGCUAAGUUGUUUAAUGGGGAUUUGGAAGCGUUCGUCAAGGACUCAGGACAAGCCAUUCCCCUCAUUGUGGAGAGUUGCAUUCGAUUUAUCAACCUCUAUGGGCUUCAACACCAGGGGAUCUUUCGAGUGCCCGGUUCACAGGCUGAAGUCAAUGACAUCAAGAAUUCAUUUGAGCGAGGUGAGGACCCUUUGGCAGAUGGACAGGACAACCAUGAUAUUAACUCAGUCGCAGGAGUACUGAAGCUGUAUUUCAGAGGACUGGAAAAUCCACUGUUUCCCAAGGAAAGAUUUAAUGAACUCAUUCCUUGUGUCCGAAUAGAGAAUCUGUACGAGCGAGCUCUUCACCUCCGCAAGAUCCUGCUCACGCUGCCGCGCUCUGUCAUCGUGGUGAUGAGAUACCUCUUUUCCUUUCUGAACCACUUGUCGCAGUUCAACGACGAGAACAUGAUGGAUCCCUACAACCUGGCCAUCUGCUUCGGCCCAACGCUGAUGCCAGUCCCAGAGACGCAGGACCAGGUCUCUUGCCAGCCCCACGUAAAUGAGUUAAUUAAAACCAUCAUCAUCCACAAUGAGCUGAUCUUCCCAGAUUCCAAGGACCUGGAGGGGCCCGUGUACGAGAAGUGUAUGGCUGGUGAUGAUUACUGCGACAGUCCGUACAGUGAACAUGGGACUCUGGAGGAAGUUGAUUUGGAUACGGGUGUCGAGACCCACACCAGUGAAGAAGAAGGUGAACCCAUCGAAGCAAUAGCCAAAUUUGACUACGCAGGGAGGUCUGCUCGAGAGUUGUCGUUUAAGAAAGGCGCUUCUUUGCUUCUGUAUCACAGAGCUUCGGAGGACUGGUGGGAGGGGCGGCACAAUGGGGUGGAUGGCCUCGUACCGCAUCAGUACAUCGUGGUGCAAGACACGGACGACACGUUUUCCGAUACGCUAAGCCAGAAAGCCGACAGUGAAGCCAGCAGCGGGGCCGCAACAGAAGACAAGUUGUCCUCAAAGAACGACAUCAGCUCUCCUACUGACCGCAUUCCAGAUGUUUAUGCAGCAAGACAGAAGAAGAGGUCAGAGCUCCCAGCCAGCAGGAGACCGUUGAGAGCCAGCGAGGGCCACUGUGCGGUGCACCCAAUGCACGGCUUAGUAAGUAGCUCAGGGGAGAGUGGCCCAUUGAUCACGCCUUCCCACGCCACCUCCCGCCUUUUCCUCCAGAAUCGCAGCGUCACGGUUGACAGUCCAGAGCGUCGACAUCGAGGGGUUCUUCCCAACAUUAGCCGACACGAGGGUGUCAAAAAGAUUGAGAGUCCACCAAUCAGAAGGUCUGCAUCCUCGGGUCAAUACACCAGCUUCAGUGAGCAUAAACCUCUGGACCCCGAAACCAUUGCUCAGCAGGACAUUGAAGAUACAAUGAACACAGCACUGAAUGAACUGCGGGAACUGGAGCGCCAGAGCACGGCCAAGCACGCGCCAGACGUGGUCCUGGACACUCUGGAGCAGAAGAAGGGCAGCCUGGCCUUGGACUCUCGGAGCCCCCAGCGCUCCACUGCGCUGCCCAAGAGCACCGAACCACCUAUCCGGCGCAGCACGAGCUCUUCCAGCGACCCCGUGAGCACCUUCAAGCCCGUCCUGUCGCCCCGGAUGGGGGUGCAGCUCAAGCCCCCUGCCCUACGGCCCAAGCCUGCAGUUUUACCCAAAACCAACCCCAGUGUGGGACCACCAUCCUCAGUUCAGUCCUCCACAGAUAAAUCUUGCACCAUGUAAAGAAAGUUAGCCUGACUUGAUAUUGGAUCAACAUCACUGGCAAGGAUAAAGCCAGGAAUAUUGAUAUUGUAAUGUUUAUAAUUGGAGAUGUAUUCUUUCAGUGUUAGAAUAUAUGUCUCAGUAGUUAAUUAACAGGGCAUUUGAAUUCCAUCUCAAACAGGACUGUUUUGAUGUGCAUCUUAGCAAGGUUAACAAGACUUGAAUCUUAUGCUGCAACAGUUUACUUUUUUUAAAAAACUAAAAAGAGAAGAAAGUUAAGGGGGGAGAAACAUCAAAGCUUCCCCCACCUCUUCUGUUCAGGCUGAUAAUUUAAACAAGGAGAGGAAUGGCUCAACGUUUUUCUUUUCUUCUUAGCUGAGAACUGAUGGGAAAAGGACUCAUUGUUAAAGCAGCCUCGAUGCUUUGAGUUUGGUAAUGACUUCUCUUCCUUCCUGCAUUCUGUGAACAUUCCUUUGGCCUUGCUGAUGGGUUUGCAAUGGAAUAAGCCGCCAGAUAACCACUCGAUGAACUGCUGUAAGCGGUCAUUUUGGGAAUGUGCUGAUAUCUUUCCUCUCCUGUUCCCUCAGCCUCCUGCAUAGGCUGUCCAUUUAAACCCUAUGCUUGCGCCACAAAGAAAGUCAAUGGUCUGGUUUAUGUUGAAGAAUAAACAGGGCCUCCCCUAGUCCAGAGAGGCUGCGCCCUCUUGUCUUGCCAAUGCUUUCUGUGCUGCUGCUGGAAAUUGGAAUCAUGAACAGAAUAUUCUGGAAAUACUCGUCAGGUCAGGCAGCAUUUGUGGAGAGAGAAACUGACUUGGAGUUUCAUAAGAACUGAGACAGUUUAGCCCUACAAGUCUGCUUCCUUAGUGAGCCAAGUUCUUGUGGGAAUUCAGUGAUUUUGAACAGUGAUUUUGGCUUUGUGUUCUUCAGCCUCAUGCUCAGUUGAUUUAAAAAUAUUUAUUGCAUCUUGGUCUCUGUCUUCUGUGGCCCCAACGUCCCACCAUUCUCUAGUUCCCAUCUUGCUCUUCUUCACUCCUACAGAGCCCCUCAAAACCUACAAAACAACCCACACUGCAAAUCACCCAAUCUUCUCCAGCUGGGAAUGAUGCCCCAAAAUGCAUCAGGAGAGGAACGUCUUCAAGGGGAAGGAAAAUUAAAAUAACCAAUAAAUUCAGUCAUCUCUAGGCUGGUAUAGGGAAUCCCAAGAGUUUGCCAUCAGUUGAUGAUGAAUUGACACGUUCUCUGAUUUACAGCUCACUCAUGGCAAAACCAUUGUUGUAUUGGAAGGUGAUGCAGUGAGUAGACCGACUGCCUCAUACCUCCAGAGGCCUGGGUUCAAUCGUGACCUUUGUUGCUGUGCAUGGGUGGAGUGUCGGAUCUCGUUUUGAGGUGACACUGAAGUGUUGUGAUUAGCAUGGCGCUAUAACAGCACCAGCGAACGAGCUCAGUUCCCACCAUUGUUUGUAAGGAGUGUGCUCCGGUUUCCUCCCUCAUUCUGAAGACCUAUGCAUUAGUAGGUCCAUUGAUCACUGGGUGUAAUUGCGUGACGUAGGCUGACUGGGUCAAAAGGGCCUGUUGCCGUGCUGUAUCUUUAAAAACGGGUUGUACGGCUCCGACUCUAUCCUCCACACAGCAGCUACUUUGAGGAAUUAGUUGCAUGCAUACAAUGCAGUGCCUCGCUUCCAUACUCCGAAUGAUCAACACGUCUCCCCUUUACCUCCUGUGCUGCAUUGCUCCACGAUCUGGUUGGGCCCAGCUUUUAGAGCAGUAUAAGAAACUAGCUUGUCUUUUCAGAUCACGAUAACUUCACCUUAGACAGUAAGAGAUGAGCUGAAGGGUUUAAAUUUACCUCUGUGGCAGUGAGAGUUAGCUAGCCAAAUAAGUUAUAUUUUUAAAAAUUUAGUUUUAAUUCAAAAUAAUCUCCAUAUCCCGUAUUCCCUCUACCUACCCUUCCAUUCUUCAAUAUGAUGCCCACACUGAGUUAUCUAGCAAGGUACCUUGGUGCUCCUUCUCUGUCCCUUCCUCCCAUGGUCCACUCUCCUCUCUAUCAGAUUCCUUCCUCUCCAGCUCUUUACCUUUCCUACCCACCUGGUUUCAUCUGUCACCUUCUAGCCAUCCCCCUUGCACUUCCCUCACCUUUUUAUUCUGGUACCUUUCAAUUUCCUUUCCAGUCCUGAAGAAGGGUCUUGGCGUGAAACAUCGACUUUGUUCAUUUCUGUUGAUGCUGCCUGACCUCCAACUCUGUGUGUGUGUGGGUGGGUGAGUGUGUGUGGGUGGGUGAGUGUGUGUGUGUGGGUGAGUGUGUGUGGGUGAGUGUGUGGGUGGGUGGG